CGAAAGGGACCGUUCAUUUUUUUGGUGACAUAGUGACAACUUACUAAAAGUCACACUCGGCAACUUCCAAUCGGGGCGGCGAGCGCAGGCAGGCGUGCAAACGAGCCGUUUGGGCCGCGCAAUAUGAGGAAAAACACUUGGAGACGGCAGCCGCGUUUGCUGCUAGGAACGAACGCUCUGGAAUGACAGUUGAAGCCAUUAGGACCGCCUUUUACGCCGCCGAGCAGCCAAUCACAGGUCAGCUGAGAGGCCGAAAGUUGUUGUGCGCAUGCGCUCGUCACUCGGUAAGUACAGUUACCGCUUCACUUCUCGCUAGCUCGCCGGAGAGUAAAGAUGGCGCCUGUCGCUGGCUUCCCGGACGAGCUUAAAUCACACACAGAGGCAGGAACACGCUGGCAAGGGAGAUGAGUAGAUUUGCCAAAGCCUAGCCCCGGCACUUUCGUCGUCGUUUCUACUCCUAACAAGUUGGAAGUGCAUGGGGCGUCAACAGACCGACGUCCCCAUGGUCGAUCGGCGGACUUUGCCACGGCACACGAGGCUGGCAGAACGCACAUUGCCAGCGCUGGUGUGACUUCUCAUCUUCACUCGUCAGGAGGAAGUGGGCUCAUACUCUGCGCAGACAUUCAAUGACCAACCAUGAAUUGUCACACUUCAGGAAGUGCCGUCCCUCCUGUGGGGAACACCGUGGCGAGUUGCCAUAACAGCUGUCAGGUGACAUCCGUCGGUAGCACUGGACAGGUGCUGCCCAAGGGGUCGAGCGCUGCCACCGAAAACACGGUCAUCCACACACCUCUGCCCAACCCGCAGACUGUCAUCGCCUCGGCUCCCACCGUCACCCUCGUCAGGCCUCCGAUGCAAACCGCGCAGUCGGGUCCCACUUUGAACGGGAACGGCGAUGGGAUGCGCGCGCUGACGGCCCCGAUCAAGCCGCAGACCCCUGCCGCCAACAUGCCGGCUGCAUCGCAGCAGUCGGGCACUUCUGACGCCGCCGGCGCGCCUUCAGCUGCCGGUCCAGGUGGCAUGCAAACUGUGACGCAACAGAUAUUGUCACCCAGGCUUCCGCUGACAUCCACCGGGCAGCCCAGUAUACAUAACAUCCAGCUUCCCCCUGGGAUGGUGCUCGUCCGUAGUGAGGCUGGACAGCUGCUGAUGAUUCCUCAGCAGGCCCUGGCCCAGAUGCAGGCACAGGCGCUAGGUGGCGCGGCACCCCGAACUGCUGCACCAAACAUGACGCCGGGCCAGGUUCCCGGAAACGCCGUCAUUAGCAGACAAGCAUCUCCGAGCGCCGUUAUCCGCCAGGGCUGUCCAACUCCAGCAUCGUUGCCUUCCACCACCGCUCUUCAUAGACCUCCUGUCCUUCAGAGUUCAGUGGGGACGGCAAUCCCAGGAAUGGCCCAGAGAAGCCAAACAGCCAGGGCCACGGUUACGUCAGUCACAAUGAGCAAAGAAACGAUGGAGAAUGUGAACAAAUGUCGGAACUUCUUGUCUACACUGAUCAAGCUGACUUGCACCGGCAAGCGAUUCAGCGAGGCCGCCAGUGUGAAACAGCUGGUUAAAGACCUGCUGGAGAAGAAACUGGAAGCUGAGGAAUUUACCAGCAGACUGUAUAAAGAGCUGAACUCCUCACCCCAGCCGUACCUCGUGCCUUUCCUUGAGAAAAAUCUUCCCGCCUUGAGGCAACUCACCCCGGACUCGGCGGCCUUCAUCCGGCAGAGUCAACUCGCCCAGCCGGCCUCCGCUUCCGCCUCGGCGAGCCCCGCCGCGGUUGUCCUAGGUAGCCCGGCUCCUCGCCUCUCCGCCCAGAUCCACAGAGCCCAGCUUCAGCCAAACGUUAGCAAGCCUGGACACACAACAUCACUGGUCCUCCAGCCUCAGCAGCCGAGAGCCGCGCUCAGACCUCAGGUCCCUUUCGCCGUGUCCUCCGUGGUGAAUCUCAGGAAUCAGGCCCCUGGCCGCGUCGUGCUGGGACAGCCGCAGGUCCAGCUCAAAGAGCUGCAACCUUUUCCCGUGAAGUCGGAAGGGCCGGCUGUUUCCAGACAAAACUCGGCUGCGGUCUUGACUCUGGCGCAAAAGGAUCGACUGAAAGAAGCAGGCGGUACCUUCAGAGACGAUGACGACAUCAAUGAUGUCGCCUCCAUGGCUGGAGUCAACCUAUCCGAGGAAAGUGCCAACAUCCUGGCCACCAAUUCUGGACUGGUAGGAGCAGUGACGCGUUCCUGCAAGGAUGAGGCUUUUCUUUCCUGCGCCAUGUUACAGCGGAGAAUGCUGGAGAUUGGCCGCAGGCACGGAGUGACGGAUCUCGGUCCGGAGGUGAUCAAUUAUGUCUCGCAUGCGACACAGCAGCGACUGCGCGAUCUGCUGGAAAAGGUUUCCCUCGUGGCGCAGCAGAAAAACGGCAAUUUCAAGGAAGAGGACACCCAUGAACAGAGCAGUGAUGUUCGUUCUCAGCUCAAGUUCUUUGAGCAGCUGGAUCAGUUGGAGAAACAGCGCAAGGAGGAACAGGAGAGGGAGAUUCUCUUAAAGGCAGCUAAGUCUCGAGCUCGUCAAGAAGACCCGGAGCAGCUUCGUCUGAAACAGAAAGCGAAAGAGAUGCAGCAACAGGAGCUGGCUCAGAUGAGACAAAGGGAGGCCAAUCAGACUGCUCUGGCCGCCAUUGGGCCUCGAAAGAAGAGGAAGAUUCCGGAUUCGCCAUCUUCCACGGCUGCCGCAGAGGGAUCAGGCCCCAAUCUUUCCGGGGGUGCCGGCUCGGCGGGCUCCAGGCCUACACGGCAGCGCAUCACGCGCGUCAAUCUCAGGGACUUGCUCUUCUGUUUGGAGAAUGAGAGAUGCACCAGUAGCGCUAGUUUCCUCUACAAAGCCUUUCUCAAAUAGGCCCCCCCAUGUCUGCAGCUAAGAGAGGAGGCCCAUCCAACUGUGCGGAGACGGCGAGCUGUCCCGGGAAGCUGAGAGCAUACAAUGUUUUUAUGUUUUGUUUUGCUUUUUGUUCCACUUGGGCGCAUAGAUAGAGGACCUCAAACGUCAAAGUACACACUGUGUGACUUAUAUACGGAAUCACCUUUCUACCUCCCCCGCCCCUAAAGGCGCAUUUCUUUUCCGAGCAGCAAUGGACACUGCAUCUUCCCUGAAAAUCUGCUUUAUUGAAGAAUUGUCUGCUUUUUUUUUUUGGGUUGGAGAUAGAUUUUCCAAUUAUGCACUCACGAGUUGAUUCGUUUUUCCUUGGUGUUCCGUGCAUUACAAUUUGAAGCACUGAAAAGAAAUAUUUUUGCUGAGACGGACGGCGUUUCUCUGUGAAAUCCUGAUCUUAUUUUUAAAUGUACCUUUCACAAAGUGUGACCUACUGAAAUUGCCUUUCUAACGGUAAGCCAUAUCUAGCGCACUCUGCUGUAACCCAGAAAGCAGUGAAUAUCGAGCUCCCCGUGACUUAUACUGGAUCUUAUUGGACACAUAUUUAUUUACCAAAUUUGGCGUUGAAUUGUUGUUUAGCUACUUAUUUCGUUUUAUUUGGUACAUUGCGUGUCAUGUUCCUUGAGUUGUAAAUCUUGUGUUAUUUUUCCCCCUCCACCCCCAACUCCUCUUACAUGUGUAGAUUUAAGCGUGAAGAGUGCUUCUAUUCUCAUAACUUUUGUUUGGGUUUUAAAUCAUGCUCAAGUUGAAGUCUCUUGCUAUUUGCGUUGGUUUUGUUGUCACUGUGUCCUAGAUAGUGGAGUUAUUUCUCUACCCGAAUCUAUUUUGCGCUUUUCAGCCCUUCGUCUUUUAGGAUCUAUGAUGAAUCGUGUAUAUUUGUAAAUGUUGCAGCUUAAUUUUUACCUAUUUUUAAUAGCCGUGAGAAUGUACCCGUAAUAAAACAAAUGUUUUCUCCAAUGAACAUUUGAAAUAAAUUUAUAUUUUACACUAA